AUGGCGGGCUGCUACAAAAACCAGCUCUAUCUCACGGCCAUCGCCGUUACCGUGAUCCUCUGGGUGGCCAGCCAAACCGUAGAAGCACAUUUCAACAGACUCUGUGCUCAAACCGCAUACCCAACAUUGUGUCAACCGCUGGUUAAAGGGUCAAACCUGAAACGUGCCGUGCACAGCACGAUUUGUGCCCUCGAGAAUAAGACGAAACAGGCGAUUGCAGACGCUGCUAGGUUCAAAAACGGAAACCAACAAGUCGCGAUUUGCCAUGCGACACUUACGGACGCGGCCUUUAAUCUUGCGAAAGCGAAGACGAGCAUCAAGAAACGAAAUGUUCUGUCGCUGAAAAUGUUUUUAACCGCGGCUGUUUCGGAUUACGGCGUUUGUGUUAACGGGUUCAUAGAUUCGCGUCAAGUUAACGCCGUUCAGAACGCUGCUGAUGCGUUGAGGAAGAUGGGAACUAACUGUUUGUUUCUUGCUACAUUGAUAGAUGAUCGUCGAACCAAACCAAAAAAGAACAAAAAAAAAAUUAACUAAUCCCUCAAAAACUGA